CAAACAGAAUCUGUACAGAUGCGAACUAUGACUGGUGACUAGUAGAUGUGACAAUCAACUGAAAUCCUUUAAGAUGGUGCCGAUGAUGUUAUAUUUCAUAGCAACUUGUAUUUGUCCAGUUCAACUACUUUGCUUCAAUGAAGCGGGUAUCAUAGCAGAUAACAGUUAUUUGGAAAACAACUUAUUUGGCAUCAUUAAGAGGAGAGUGCCCUCUGCACGUGAGUGUGCCGUUGAAUGCUUAGCACAUCUUGAUUGUUUCUCAUUCGGAUUCGAACCUGUACUUCACAUUUGCCACCUUCACAAGAAAGACAGUUCAACAGCACCAACCGACCUUGUGGCGAAACCACGAUGGAAACAUGGUGAUAUUUCUCACUGGCCGAAGGAGCUGAUGGGUCCGUGCGCAGAUCACAAGUGUCCGUCAGGGAGGCGAUGCAGUGUGCAUCGUGUGACUGAGGCGCCGCUGUGUUUGGAAGCUGAUGUCUAUCAACCAGAUGUAUGUUCCGAAGACCCUAUUCCAAACGCAACCAGUAGUUCUGAGUCCAAGAUGGCAGGGAGUAUCAGAUCUUGUACCUGUCACAGUAACUACAGAGAUGUACCGCUGGACGUCGUCAGUGUCAACAACACCUGCCUGAUCAAUGGCAGCUGGACUCCACCCUUGAUUAACUGUUCCGGUCCCUACAUCAGACUGACCACGCCGAGUAUCAGCACAUACACCCUCCAGCAGAUAUCUGCCAGCAACCUACACACAAUAACAGGCGGCACCUCUACCGUGGUGUUUCUGGUCAAGGCGUGCCACGAUGUCAUCUUUGCUCUACACAAAAGUCCUAACACCUACACCACUGAUGUGUAUGAGGUGGAUAUUGGUGGAUUUGGGAACAAGAAGUCCUUUAUUUCUGGAUGCAUACAGUGCAGCAAAAUUGAUUCCCAUAUUGAAUCAUCUAUUGUAUCAUGCAACGAGUUUCGACCAUUUUGGCUCAGCUGGAAGAAUGGCGUCAUCUCUGCAGGAAAAGGACUGGUGCUUGGAAGCCAGAAAUUCAUGCAAUGGGCGCCAACAAGCCCCAUUGUGAUAAAUCACGUUAGUAUCAGUACCUAUGUUAAUAAUCCUGGAACGUGGCUCUUCCGAGAGCAGUGACAUACUGCUGAAGCACCUCAUAAUAACCUUCAACCCAGUGUUAUCUUUACUUGUUCACAAACUUCUCCCUACUCCCCAGUUGGGAUAUGCAG